CCAUCUGACCAUUGAUAUAGGGUCCUGAUUGAGUUAAUGAUCCCACCGGCUGUUCAUCACACUUUACUCCAUCCAAGCACAUCAGCAACUCACAUCCUCUGUCUGAUUUCACAUUCCCGCGUUUUUGUAUACUCGCUCUUUCCCUUUAUUCUCCAUCCAAAUUCACUCCACAAAUCAAAUCUCUCUCACCCAAAAUUCUUCUACUUCUUCAUCUUCUCUCCGUAGUUCUUCCUCUCCUACGAAAACGAAGGCGAAGUCGACGAAGAUGUUGAAGACGAAGACGUUGAAGAUGAAAGCAUUCCAAGGCGCCAAUGUGUUCAUGUCGCGAAACCUCGUGCCGCCGGAAGUCUUCGACGCGCUGCACGAUGCCGUUAAAGAUAACGGUGCUCAACUCCACCUCUGCUGCGAUCCUUUCCGUAACGGCCCCGACGAUUACCACAUCAUUGCUUCCAGUAAACACGAGAAGUUCGAUGAUCUCAAAUCCAAGGGCUGCAAGUUGCUUGGUAAUUUUCCGUUUCUAUUUUCCUUCGAUUAUGUGUUUGAAUUUGCCUUCUAUUUUUAAUUGAACCUGUCUGGAUUGUAAUG